AUGGCCUUCACCACCAACGCCACCAUCGCUUCCUUUGGCGGGCGCUUCCUCAAGCUCACCCACUCCUCGUCUACCACCUCCACCCCCAUGAACCUCACCCUCUUCCUCCCGCCCUCCGCGUCGCCCUCGUCCCCCGCCCCGCUGCUCGUCUACCUCUCGGGCCUGACGUGCUCCCCGGACAACGUCACCGAGAAGGGCUUCCUGCACGCCCACGCCUCGCGCCUCGGCCUCGCCCUCCUCUAUCCCGACACCUCCCCGCGCGGCACCGACCUCCCCGGCGAGCACGACUCGUGGGACUUUGGCAGCGCCGCGGGCUUUUACGUCGACGCCACGCGCGAGCCCUGGACCAAGAACUACCGCAUGGAGUCGUACAUCACAAAGGAGCUUCCCGAAGUGCUCUUUGGCGAGUUCAAGGAGCUCGACCCCAAGCGCGUCUCCAUCGCGGGCCACUCCAUGGGUGGGCACGGCGCCCUCACCCUCUUCCUCAAGAACCCCGGCAUUUACCGCAGCGUUAGCGCCUGGGCCCCCAUCUCCAACCCGAGCAAGUGCCCCUGGGGCGAGAAGGCUUUCUCGGGCUACUUCGGGGACGACAAGGAGGAGUGGAAGAAGCAUGACGCCACGGAGCUGGUCAAGGCCUGGAAGGGGCCGCUCAACUGCCUCAUCGACGUGGGCACGGGCGACAACUUUUACAAGCAAGGCCAGCUGCUGCCAGAAAACUUUGAAAAGUCGGUCAAGGAUGCUGGGAUCGAGGGCGUCAAGGUUCGCUAUCAGGAGGGCUAUGACCACUCCUACUUCUUCAUCUCCACCUUUGGCGAGGACCACGUCAAGCACGCAGCCAAGGCUCUUGGCCUUCUGUGA